UCCUGCCUCAGAGGUUUGAAGGGUGCAAACACAUUUUCCUCACAGUGAAAGCAAAAGCAGCAGCUCAAUCAGAUUCUUUGGAGAACAAUGGGGAACUCAGCUCCUUCAAAAGCCACUGGUAGUGACAUGGAAGACCCUCAGGACAACACUCUGAGGAUUGUUUUGGUGGGAAAAACUGGAAGUGGGAAGAGCGCAACGGCAAACACCAUCCUGGGGAGUGGAGUCUUUGACUCUAGAGUUGCUCCCCAUGCUGUCACCACCAAGUGUCAAAAAGCAUCCAAGGAAUGGAAGGGGAGGAAACUUCUUGUUGUUGACACCCCAGGGCUCUUUGACACCAAGGAGACCCUGGAUACCACGUGCAGGGAAAUCAGCCAGUGUGUCCUCUACUCCUGCCCUGGGCCCCACGCCAUCAUCUUGGUCCUCCAGCUGGGCCGCUACACGGAUGAAGAGCAGAAGACCAUGGCAUUGAUCAAGUAUGUCUUUGGGAAGCCAGCCAUGAAGCACAUGUUCAUGUUGUUCACUCGCAAAGAUAACUUGGAGGGGCAGAGCCUGAGUGACUUCUUAGCAGAUUCAGAUGUGAAGCUAAGAAACAUCAUCAACGAGUGUGGGAACCGCUACUGUGCCUUCAACAACAGAGCCUCAGAGGCCGAGAAGGAAGCUCAAGUGCAGGAGCUGGUGGAGCUGAUAGAGGAGAUGGUGCAGAACAACGGAGGGGAUUACUUUACAGAUGCCAUUUACAAGGACACAGAGAAGAGGCUGAGGCAACGGGAAGAAGACCUGAAGAAAAUCUAUGCCGAUCAAUUAAAUAAUGAAAUUAAACUAGUAGAAAAGGAAUAUGCUGAUAAAUCACAGGAAGAACGGGAGAAAAAAAUAGAAUGGCUAAAGAGGAUUUAUGAUGAACAAUUAAAAAAUAUCAGGGAAGAAGCUGAGAAGGGCAUAUUUGAACAUGUUUUAGAUGGGAUUAGGAGGGUGCUUUCAAAAAUAUGGCAUACGUUUUGGUAUCCUCCUCCCCUCAAGCAGCAGCCCCCUGGGUCUCGGGAGCAGCCAUUAGAAGGAAUUCACACUGCAAUGGCAACCCCCAACAGCGAUACGUACUGCAGCCCCGGUGGUCCCAGGAGCAGCUGCGGGCUUAGAAACCAAGAUGGCAGAGAUUCACAGCUGAGACUGGUCUUAGUGGGUAAGACUGGAGGAGGGAAAAGUGCCACAGGCAACAGCAUCCUCGGAGAGAAAGUGUUUCGUUCCAGCAUUGCGGCAACAUCAGUCACCAAGACCUGUAACAAAGGGAGCAGCAGGUGGCAGGGAAGAGAAAUUGUGGUUGUGGAUACGCCUGGCAUUUUCGACACCGAGGUACAGGAUGCUGACACCUGCAAGGAGAUUGCUCACUGCAUCUUCCUGACCUCCCCAGGGCCUCAUGCUCUGCUCCUGGUGGUCCCGCUGGGCCGGUACACGCAGGAAGAGCGAAAGGCCACGGAGAAGAUCCUGCAAGUGUUUGGACUCAGAGCUAAGAGAUACAUGAUUCUCUUAUUCACCCGGAAAGAUGACUUGGAUGGCAUCAAUUUCCAUGAUUACUUACAGAAAGCACCCAAAGAUAUCCGAGAGUUGGUGGGCAAGUUUGGUGAUCGCUACUGCGUGUUCAACAAUCGGGCGACAGGAGCUGAGCAGGAGGCCCAGAGAAAUCAGCUGCUCACCCUGGUCCAGCGCAUUGUGGCCGAGAAUGAAGGAAGAUGCUACACUAACAAGAUGUACCAAAAGGCUGACAACGAGAUUCAGAAACAAAUGCAAGAAAUGCAAGAAUUUUACGCAGCAGAGCUAGAGAGAGAGAGAGUGCAGAUAAGAAAGGAGUUUGAAGACAAAAUCAGAAAGCUGGAGGAUAAACUGGAGCAGCAGAGACAAAUGGAACAAAUGGAGAGGGAAUUGGCUGAGAAAGAGGCAUUAUAUGCUGUAAAGCUGCAAAAACACAGAGAUGAGAAUCAGUAUAAGAUAGUUGACUUGAUCAUGAAAGCUCUACAGAUGGUUUUUCCUAUCUUCUCUCACCUGUUUAUGGAAGAUUAACCUGAAUGAGAAGAUCUCCUUAUUUGCUACACAUUUUCCGCUGGCCCUGCCAAGCCCCCACCCCAGAACUCAUUCACCAACCUUGAAGCACUCUCGAUUCUGUCUCUCAGACUCUCAGGACGAAGGGGUAUAAUCAGAUUCACUGGUGGUGAUUGGUAGAUGUUUGAUUGACUUACCAGGGGAGGGACGCAUUCUCAAUUUGUGGAACUCCAGAGUAGAAGAUAUUGAUGCUCUUCUAAGAAGAUGACCCCAAAAUUUCUCUAUUUGUCCCGAGUGAAAUCUAGAUUCCUUCUAGAUUGGUGGAUCCUCUCCCUUUGUUGCUUCUACUCACUUAUUUUUGCUUUUAGGACAUGGCAAUCACCUUACCCAUAUGGUUUGUUACAAAGAUUGGUUCUUCGUGUUAGGUAGUCUAAUAAUGGAGAUGUUUAUAGAAUUCUUUCCAGAUGAAUGGAGAUUUAUUUAGUUACACUUUUACAGAGGGACUCAAGUUGUUUCUUAUCAGCUGCCCACUGAAGAACAAAGAGUUGUCUGGAAAACAGGCCCUUCAGAACUCAACUAAAUGAAAUGCCAGAAAGAGCAGUUGAAAGACGGAGAUUCAACACAGAAGACAACAACGGUUUGCUAUAUUCAGAUAUAUCUACAGCAACUCUUUGACAGACUUCAAUGCAACAUAUUUGCUGAAUAACCAGUUCUCUCCUUUUCAUGUGAAACUAACUGUUGCCACUUCACCUCCACCACCUCAGACCUUCAUAACUUACUGCACAUACCACCCUCUCCCAGCUGAACUGCUUGCUAGUUGGUAUUAUAAUAAAAGUUUUCUGUUCUGUCAUAUUUCCAUAAA